ACAAAACAAAUGUCAUAAAAUAAAAGAUAGGUUAUGUUCUUGAAUUUAUUAAAUUUUUCCUAAAUAAACAUACAAAAAAAUACUCGUUUAUAUCCAAUGUUCUUCGACUUACAUUGUCUUUAAACCAUAACCGAACAUGGCCAAUAGUGUCUUGACAAAGUUUGCCUCCCUAAGGCUAGUACCUGCCUUAUCAUUAACCUUACCAUGCCGCACAACUACAAGUAAGCACUGGAACCCUAAGUUUAAAAAGGAACGCAAAAAUAAGUUUAUGAAAUUCGAAAUACCUGAUUACAAUGAAGACAACAGCACUGUUCCACCUGAAAAGAUCCGUCAGAAGAUGAAGGAGCGCGGGUUCUUGCCUCCGCGGCCGUGGGCGGAGCGCCCAUUCUCCAUCUCCGCUACCGGCGGGACAUUUGAACCUUAUGUGCCCCCAGAGGGUGAUGGCAAAGCGUCACUAGCAUCAACCACUCGAGCCAAACAGACUGUGCAGCUAUUGGAGAAAAAGUCCAAGUCAAUGAUGGCCGUACGCAAAAUAAAAUCAUUUGAUGAGGAUUUCGACACAAAAGAGUUUGCUCUUGCGGCACAGCAGAUCUACAUCAAAGCUCAUGAAAGUUUAGCAAACAACGACAAGAGAGAGUUGCGUUUGCACGUCACUGAGAAGGCAUAUCCGGAGUUUCGUCAUAACUCGUAUGGUAAAACCAUACACUGGAAGUUCCUAGACUCGCUGGAGCCCCCAAGGGUUGUGCAUGCUCGCUGCACAGAUGUCAUCAGCAAGGAGAAUAUUUAUGGACAGGUGACAGUGCGGUUCCACACCAGGCAGCAACUAGCGGUGUACGACCGCUUUGGACGCCUUCUGCACGGCAGCGAAAUCCUAGCCAAAGAUGUCCUCGAAUAUGUAGUCUUUGAGAAACACCUGUCCAACAUCUAUGGAGUAUGGAGAAUCCAUGAUAAGAUCAUACCGGAUUGGACGCCUCCUAGAGACCCUAGCCGCUUGACCAGGGUGCAACCUGAGGAGCCAACGGAUGUGGGCCUGAUAGCAGAUAAAGAAGUAAAGGCGGAAGUGCCAGCUAAGGCAGAAUAAGUUAUUAGAGGAAUAGUGUUGUUGUAGAUAGUUAUAAAAGAAUGGCUUUUAUUGAAAUCCACUGUAUUUUCCACAUUUGGUCUAGGAAUGAUUCAAUCCUAUUAUUCCUAUUGUCAUGCCUACAGUCACCAAUAAAAAAAAAUAAUGGCCUACAAGGAUUAAAAAUUUGGCUAGGAAAUAAAAGUCUAGUCUAUUGCCAUGCCUACUAGGGGAGCUAUUUUUUUAUGUCCUAAUUAUUAUAGGUAGGAUUAAAAACUUGCAUGGAAAAUAAUACAAAUUCAUAAUUUUAAUUAUAAUUUUAUUACUUUUUACAGUGUACUCAAAGGAGUUAUAUUUUCUAGAACAAGUCAAACAUCACUCAUUUUCAUACAAAUAAGAUCUAUAUUUUGUAAUAAAUUAUUAAUUUGCUAACCAACAUUUCCACUUACAAUUAAUAGAUUCUGGUGUAUUAGUGGUUGUGAAAGAAGGUACUUAGAUUGUAUGUGUAGUAGUAAAGCUCAAAAUUGGGUUAAUUAAAUAUACAUAGAUGGCCAUGAUUUUA